ACUACAAAAAGAGAAAACAAACAAAAAUUAUGUAGUAUGAAAUUUGCUUAAUAUAUUGUAAAUUGAUGGUUAUCAAAACAGCGCUAUAGUGCUACUUGGGGGUGCCUGAGUGGUACUUCAAACUCCAACUGGUAUUUCACCUAAUUGGCGGUUAAUGAGAGUCGGACACUUUGUAUAUUUUCAACACAAAGGGGUGAUUUACAUUUGGGUAUAUCCAUGUUGCCGAAUGCGGCGUUUGUAUGGCUCGAGAGUUAAAUAAAUCGCAAGGGAACGGAAGUGACGUGUACAAAAUUUCGCCGUAGUGUAUCAUUUAUACAAUCCUUUGGUUAAAAAAAAUAUAUGCGCUUAAAUCCGCAGUGAAUUCAUUUUAACCUUGAAUGCAACAAUAACAACAGAAGCAUACAUAGCUUGCCUCACUGAUAGCCAAGCAGUAAUCAAGCCUCUAAACUCUUUCCAGGUUAUAUCGAAACUGGUGCUGGAUUGUUGUGAUAAGCUAAAUAUAUAUGGGACCAGAACAACCAGGAACCUGUUUGGAGCAUAAAGCAUCAGUGUUUUUAGCCGCAACCUACGAUAAUAAUUCGCGUUCAGUAGAAAGUGAGCACAUCAGAGUGUAAAAGCAUACUCAGUGAGAGCAACAACAAACCUUAUUACAUAGUCUACUCUACCUCCUGAAGCUACUCGGCCUAACCACAACCAUAUAAGCAGCAACAUGGGAAAUCCGAUCUGGUUCAUUUUUUGGUUUUUAAUUUUCUGGUUCAUUUCCUUUUUUGUGGCUGGCUUAUCUGCAUUCUGCUACAUAAUACUCUAUGCGCUGGAAGUCGUCAUUCCUGCGUUAUCGGGCGUCAACAACUUGCUGUUGCAAGGCAUACAAUUCACCCACUACUGCGCGCAGGCGAUGAUCGACUGCAAAUCCCCCUUCUAGAUUUUUCUCCAAUAACAAACUGAUUGUUU